UAUUAAAAACUUAUCGGUAUCCCACUGCCAUUUUCCGUGUCUUUUAUCUCGCCAAGAACUUCUAUUAAAAGUCUAAUGGGUCUAAAUCUAAUGCACCCCCUACUGUGAUAACAGCUCGUCAUCAGAUUUAGGGGUAAAAUUUCUAUAGAACCCCUACUGUACCGUACGCACGCGAAGUUCGUCUAAAAAUCACACGCAGUCACAUGGAUUUGUUGUAAAGGGGUAGAUCUUUAAUAUGAACGAAUAAUAAAUGAAUUUCAAAGUUAAACUAAAUAAAUUGUACCACUGAGUCUUCAGAUAGAGUCAAUAAUUCAUUGACACGUGUUACACAUGAUGGAACAAUUUCGUACAGUUACCCUUUUCUCGAAUUAGACCCUAAAUGUUAGAAUAGAAAGGGUUUAUUAUAAACUUCCUAAACAACGACAGAUUUUACUGUUACACUGAGGUUAAGUAACCCAACAAGAAGGCAUGGUUUGAGAUGGCUUCGCUUGCAAGUACUGUUUCUAAAGAAAGAUUUCUUAUUGCUUUUGAAAAAAACGAGACACUAAAUACGACAUGCCAAGAGAUCGCCUCAGAGAUACAAUCUGGGCAUGUAAAACUGCAUACAGUUGUGGAAGAACUUGGGCCUUUUGUUACUGACAAAAGUGUCAGUAUACGUGAGAAGGGCAUAGAUGCUCUUUCUUCUAUUUUAUCCCAUUUACCUAAAGAUUACUUGAAUGAAGCUGAACUACAUUUUAUAACAUCGUUUUAUUGUGAUAGACUUAAGGAUCACCACAGCAUUGUACCAGCAGUAUUGAGAGGAAUAUUGGCUACUGUUCAAAUGAAUCAUCUGCCCCAGGAAUCACCUGUACAGCUGUUUAGAGCUCUCUUUGAGAAUGUUCAAUGCCAAUCUCAACUGCUAUCUGAUCGUCGUAACAUAUAUUUAAUAUUUACAACAUUACUACAAAAUAGAAUAGACAACCUGAAAGCUAUGGGACCAGAUUUUGUUUAUGGUGUCAUUAGCUCUAUUGAUGGAGAACGAGAUCCUAAAAAUCUUAUGCUAUUAUUUAGCAUACUUCCACAGUUUAUGCAAGAAUUUCCAUUAGGUCACUUGACUGAAGAAAUGUUUGAAGUCAUUGCAUGUUACUUUCCAGUUGACUUUAAUCCUUCUGGGUCAGUUGGAGUAGGAAUAACACGCAAUGAUUUGGCAGAAAAUUUGGAACCUUGCCUUUGUGCUAUACCACAGUUUGCUGAAUUCUGUAUACCACUUAUAACUGAUAAAUUAUCAUCUAAUCUUAAAGUUGCCAAGUUGGACUCUUUGAAUCUGUUGUGCAAAGGUGUACCAGUAUUUGGUGCAAAAGGCAUUGAACCACACCUCAUAGAAUUAUGGUCUGCUUUGAAGAAAGAAAUUAUACGUAGUGGAGACUUGGAAUUGAAAAAUGCAAGCUUAAACACAGUUAUGUCUAUAAUUAAAGUUAUAUCAAGUGACACCAAGCUUAGAGAAGGUUUCAUUGAUAAUAUAAUCACAGAUACGAAAUCUUCUUUGUACGAUGUACAGUUCAGCUUGUUUCGACCAGCUGUGAAAUUGUUAGAAUGUGUUGCAACAGUUAAUAAAGAAUCAUGUGAACAUAUAUUAAAAGUGGUAGUACCAUUAUGUCUUGGGCAAUAUUCUACCAAGACUUCAAUAACAGAUAAAGUUAUUUUAAUCGAAACAUUAAACGAUUUUAUUAAAAUCAGUACUGAACAUGGAUUUAAUAUAAAGAGUGUUCCAGAGCUAUCGUGGACAGAUAUACCUCAGUUAUAUUUAAGUGAACUAUCAACGCAGCAUACAGAACUGCAGUCAAGACUGUCAAUUGGUCUAAUAGUGCAAAAGAUGUAUUUACAUGAAACGCAUCGAAGUUCACUUUAUGACAAAAUUUAUAACCUGAUUGAAACAAGUUCCAAUGAAAUGAGGAUAAUUUGCCACACCUCUCUAUUAGCAUUUGCCUCGUUAUAUCCCGAAGAAAUAUCAGCUUUAAUAAGGGAAAGAUUUAACUUAAAAACUGGUGAAGAGACGAUGGUGGUACAAGUUCGAAAACUAGAAGUAUUAGCAGCUGUUGCUAAAACAUAUAAAUUAGGUACCGAAGUGCUUCCACACAUUGUGUCUCAGACGAACGCCAUCAAUCCUGAAAUAAGCUUUACAGCAUUAACGUGUCUUCAUAGGCUAGUUGGUACAAAAAGUAUUGACUAUAAUGUUCAACAUUACUUGCAUAAUGAAUGUAAUAUAAUUGAGAAAUUAGCUGCUAUGGGACUUAAUUCUGUAGACCGGAGAUUAGAUCUAAUUCUAAACAUAUGUCAAUUAAUUGUAAGAAGUCUUACAUACGAGGAGCAGCAAAACGUCGUUCAUAAAUAUGCUGCCACUUUAAGCGAGAAUAUUACAGAAACUCAUGCAGUGUUAUUAAUGAGUAUUUUCAUUCCUUUAAGACAAAAAGUUAAUCUAUCGAUAAAUUUGAUUUUAUUAGAAAACUUAUGUAAUUUAGCACUGAGCAGCAUGUAUUCGAAUAUAAGAUUUAUAACAUGCAAAUUCAUAGCUGUUCUAUUAAACAAAAUGAGUGAUAGUAGUGAAUGCUUUCAACGUGCGUUGUCAUAUCUUAAAGAAAAAAUAAAUAACAGUCUAACAUCGGAUACUUGUGUCGAAAUACAGCAAACGGCAGCGUCUUUGCAAAUAUGGUUAACAAAAGCCAUAGUUACUAAGGGUUCCUACGAUGUUGAAAUCUUUUUAAACGAACUUACAAAUCUUUUCAAACACGAUCAAGUAGGUCAACAAAUUGCCCAGGAAUAUAAAUGUUUGACAAAUAAGCAAGAAGAUGUUUUGGUACGAGAAAAUUUUUGUAACAUCAAAAUCUUUUACCAGCAACGAGUAUUUGAACAUUUACUGAAAAAAAAUCAUCUAUUCGAGGAUUCAUCCAGACAGAAUUACUUAACUGCAUUAGUACACUUAUUGGAAGAAGUACCUAUGGAACUUCUAUUUAUGCAUUUGACAAAGUUGGUGCCACUUUUAAUAGAGUCUUUAUCUCUUGACAAUGAACAAUUAAUUUUCUCAACAUUAAUAACAUUAAGAGUUCUACUGGAAGCUAAACAUAUUAUUUUCUCCGACAAGGCACAGUGUUUUAUUCCAAGAUUCUUGAAACUGAUCACUUAUAAUACAAUGAGAGUUAGAAUAGCAGCCCUCGAAUGCUUAAUGAAUUAUUGCAACUAUCCGACAAUUUUACUUAACACGUACAAACAAGAUGUACUAGAAAAAUUAGCCAUUUCGCUUGAUGACCGGAAACGCUUGGUCCGAAAAGCUGCUGUAAAAACCAGAACACAGUGGUUCUUGGUUGGCGCACCGGGAGGAACGAAAGAACAAUGAUCUGUUUAUCCGAAGUGAAAUUAAAAUACAAAUAAAAUGUUAUGUAACUUACAAAUAUAUAAAUCUAUUACUAUUUUUUUAAACGUAUUAAAGAAACGUGGAGUAAACAUGUUUGUUUGAUUUCUAUAUAGCGGUACAAGAAAGCUAGAUUUACUACGUUGUACUUGUGCUAUAUUGUACAUACUGUACAUAAUUGAAUAAAGAAUUGAUUUCUGUAAUAGGAUUGAA